AUGUCUAUUAAUCUCACGCUCAAUUGUUGGGUUCUUGGUGAAAAUCCUCAUGAAAAUACUUUUCAUGUUUUUGUUAACACCAAUGAGGGUAAUACUAUUGGGCUUCUCAAAGAAUUAAUCAAAGAGAAGCAGCCUCGAACGUUUGCCAAUGUUGACUCCAAAGAUCUGAAGCUAUGGAAGGUCGACAUUCCUUUAAACAAUUUAAAUACCGUCGACACCAAAUUCGGCGCCAACAACAAGGGUGUCAAAAAAUCAUCACCCCUGGAUGAAAUUUCUGAAAUUUUCGCUAAUAAACCCCCUCAAGUGCUAUCACCUCUGGAUGAAAUCUCAGAAUACUUCGCCAGUCAGCCUAACAAAAAACAUAUACACCUCAUCAUACAACCAAAGUGUGAAUUUGGUUCAAACCAGGCGGAUUCUUCG